AUGCAGGAGGCUGAGCUUAUUGCAAAAACACUGCGAGCUGUUCUUCAUCCCUUUAAAAAUGGCGUACCUUUGUCAGAGCUUCAGGGUGAAUACAAAUCGCUGACUGGUGAGUGGAUUCCCUUCAGGCACCUAGGAUAUGGCACAUUGGAAGGCUACUUGGAAAGCAUCCCAGGAGUGGUCAGAAUGGAAGGGAGCAAAAUGGGAGAGGUCAUUUGCCAUGCUGUUGCUUGCAGCGAGACUGAGCCAAUUGCUCAGCUGGUGGCCCGGCAGAGGAGUUCCAAGAGGAAGACGGGACGGCAAGUGAACUGCCAGAUGAGGCUGAAGAACACGUCUCCAGUCAAGCUGGCAGGGAAGCCCAAAGGAACUUUGAGACAGCCCAGGUCUUUGAGCGUGCCAGAAGAAGGCAGCAAGAGGCCUGCUCCUCGCUUGGCACGAAGCAGAGGAGUGGCGGGUGGCGUGGUGAAACCCACUGUGGAGAGUGCCCGUCUCGCCUUGUCACCAGCUGCUGGGAGUGGACCACCUAAAGAAAUGCCCAUGCAGAGACACAUUACUGUGGUCAACAGGCCUGAGAAAAGACUAACUGUCCCACCACGGUUUCAAAAGGAGUUGCAAGUCCACCUGUCCAGAAGCUCUUCUGUAGAUUCAAAUGAUAACUUGAAUACAUCCGCUGCGGAGACACAUACUGUUGCCUCUGGCCCUUCUGCUGCUCCUGUCAAUGAAGUUCAAGGUCGCAUAAAGGAGAUUCUGAGCAAGUGCGGCAGCGGUGUCUGGGUGUCGAAGAUGCCACAGAUCUACCGGGAAACAUACUGGGAGGAGCUCAGCACAGCAGUACUCCGUCAGCUUGAGAACUGGCCUCACGUGUGCACAGUGGAGAAAGUACACAGAGGUGAUCAGGUGGAUGGGCUUCUUUAUCCUGCUGAGAAAAUAACACCGAUAGCAAAAAGUGAUACAGAGCAACACAAAGCAUCUCAGAAUGUUACAUCUUCAAAAGCAGACCCUUUGUUAAAAUCAAGUAUGGAGAACACGCCUGCAUCACUUAGUAGUGACUUCAAGGAGAAAAUAGUCAACAUUUUGCUGAAGUAUUCUAGCGGUCUUUGGGCUAAUGCACUUCCUAAAUUGUACCAGGACACCUACCAAGUAAAAUUUCCAGAAGACAUUCUAAAUAAUCUAGAGCUGCUCUCAGAUAUAUGUAUCGUGGACUAUGUAUCUGAAGUCCCCAAAAAGGCCAUCCUCUAUGCAAAACCCCAAAGAUUCAUUGACUCAAAUCUGAAUGUCACUGAGAGAGUCCAGAGGCAUUGUGGCAUGAAAGCUACAGCUGAACAACAGUAUGAAGAAUCCAAGGACCAUUAUCCAGAAAACAUAACUGUUCCUCCUUUAACCAUUCCAUCGGAAGGAUCUGUGUCCAUCAUGGUGUUGGAACUCAAAAACACUAAUGAGGUUCUGAUUAGGUAUGUGGGCAAAGAUUAUUCUUCUGCCCAGGAGCAAAUGGAAGAUGACAUGAAAGCAUACUAUAGUCAGAAUAGUAAAGUGUCACUAGCUCAAUCUUUGAGCGUUGGGCAACUUGUUGCAGUACAUGCUGAAGAAGAUGCCUGGUUGCGUGCUCGGAUAAUUUCUCUAGAAGACAACAGAAUAAAGGUAUGCUAUGUUGAUCAUGGCUUCAGUGACUUUGUUGAAAGCAGCAGUGUGUACAAACUACAGAAACAGUUCCAUUCACUUCCAUUUCAAGCUGCAAAAUGUAAACUGGCAGGACUGGAAGUCUUCUGUGAUGAUCCUGUCUUAGUGAAGGCUGUGGAAUUGCAGACAUGCUCCAAGAUAUUUGCUGUGGAAAUACUGGAAAAGAGUGACAUUCCUCUUCUUGUUCUCUAUGACACUUCUGGAGAAGAUGAUGUCAACAUCAAUGCUACUUGUCUGAAGUCAUUGUAUGACAAGUCUCUUGAAUUCCACCUACAGGUAGAUGCACUGUAUAGACAUGUCAGAGUAACCAGCGUUUUCUCUGAUGGAAGCCUGUAUUGCCAAGUGCCAUCUAAAGGCAUGUCUAGACUUUCUGAAAUCUUGCAGAAACUGGAAGACUAUUUCCGUUACAAGCAGACAUCUGAGUUUAAUGUAUCGCUUCCUUUCUGUGGCAAAAUCUGCUUGUUUCCUUCUAAAGGAAAAUGGGCACGUGUAGAGAUAAGAAUUAUUCACACUAGACGGGCACUUGAUGUGCAGUUCAUGGAUACUGGAACAGUUGCAACUGUAAAAGUAUCAGAGCUUAGAGAAAUCCCACCACAAUUCCUGAGAGAAGUAAUUGCAAUACCUCCUCAGGCUUUAAAAUGCUGCCUAGCAGAUUUACCUCCUAACACUGGCAUGUGGACUCCAGAUGCUGUACUGUGGCUGAGAGACGCUGUAAUGAAUUGUCCUGAAUUUAGCAUGAAGGUGGUUAAACAGGAUGGUUCAAAGGGAAUUGCACACGUUUACUUGUUUGCUCCAGAGAAUUUCCCAGAGGUGGAUCAUAGCAUAAAUCGACAGAUCAAAACUGCAGACUUGUGGAGGCAUCAGAAAGAUGUUUUCUUGAGUGUUACACCCAGUGGCACUAGCUCCCCCAAAAUGACAAGUGAUGCUGUUUCAGCUCUACGGGUAACUAGUGGGAGGCUGGAGAAGAGUUUCUCAGAUUCACACAGAGAACCCAGCAGUGCAGUGUCCAUGACUGAUAUGCCCCCACCUCUACCUUUGUUAAAGACUGGUGAGCUCAUGGAUGUCUAUGUCUCAGUGGCCUGCCAUCCAGGUCACUUUAUUAUCCAGCCUUGGAAGGAGCUACAUAAUCUGGAAGCCCUAAUGGAAGAGAUGCUCUUGUACUACAGCCGGGCAGAAGAGAAACCUGUGAACAUUGAAAAAAACAAGCUAUAUGCAGCUAAAAUUGAAAAUCAGUGGUACAGGGUUGUAAUAAAAGGAAUUCUUAGGAAUGGGUUUUUGUCGGUGUAUGAGCUGGACUAUGGUAAACAUGAGUUUGUCAGCGCAGAGAAAGUACGGCCACUUGUGGAUACAUUCAGAAAGCUACCUUUCCAAGCUAUAACAGCUCAGCUCGCAGGAGUGAAAAGCCAGCAGUGGUCAGAAGAGGCAUCAAUAGUGUUUCGGAAUCUUGUAGAGAAGAAACCCUUGGUGGCACAAAUACAGGCAGUUAACGAAAGCACUAACUCUUGGGAUCGAAAGAUAGUGACUUUUCUUGUGGACACAUCUCUUCCGGAUACUGAUAUUUGGAUUCAUGAUUUUGUGUCUGAAAGUCUUGUGGAAUUUUCAAAGGAUGAUUAAUCAUCACUUCUGAAAUGUAGCAGCUCAGAUUCGUUAGCAAUAAAAUAAAUAACAGGCUUUGAAGAGAAAUAUAACUAUUAUAUGGCCUUGAAGACAUGAAGGUGAUGAAAAUUAAAAAUCUGUGUUCUGUGAAAAUGGUUCAAGUUUAGGUUCUUUUGACUUCAGCCGCCUUUCUGACAAUUUGCACUUUGUUUACCAUUGUAAUGCUAGAAUGUUUGGGUGAAAAUAUUAAAAAGUUAUUUAUCAAUAAAAGAAUGUUGACUUU